UACCGCGAAUGAGUCAUGCUUUCGUAUUAGUGAUACUUCAAAGAUUCUACAGAACAUUGUUUCUUUGUAAUAUAUAUUUUACAAUGAAUUCAGAACAUCGUAAAAGGAUUGAUUUAUAUUGUGAUAUCAUAGUACCUAAACUGAAUAUAAUGAAAUUAUGGCCUAAGUUACUAGAGAAUGGGAUUUUUAACAUUGAUGAUAUUAAUAUAUCUACAUGGAAAAGGAACUUUGACAAAGAAGAAACUGUUAAAAGCAUUUGGUUAACAAUUAAAACUAGAGGACCAUUUGCAUUUCAAAAUCUGCUUUUGAGUUUACAACAAAGUGAUCAUGAAGAAUUAGCAGAAAUGUUAGAUAAACGGACAGAUGAAAAUACAGAAAUAAAUGACAAUUAUUUUUCUCGUAUCAAGGAUACUGCAGAACCUCUACAAAUCAAAGUGAGAAAAGCAAAAGAAUUUUCAAGUGGUCCGAUUAACAGUAUCAUUAAAACUUAUAGAAUGAGAAGUAAUCCUCGUGGAUUGGUUUUAAUCAUUACAAAUAUUGAUUAUAAUCCUAAUAUACAAAAAUCUAGAAAGUCAGCAAUACACGAUGAAAUAAAUCUUCAAAAAUUGUUUGAAGAAAUGGGAUUUUCUGUUGAAACAUAUAGCAAUUUGACAGGACAGCAAAUUAUAGAUCGCGUUAAAACAUUUUCACAGCGUAAAGAUUUACAAAAUGUUGACUCUUGCUUUGUAAUUAUUAGUAGUCAUGGUAAAAAAGGAGAAGAGAAUUACACGGAAAUAGAAGGUGUAGAUCAUUACUAUGAACGUAAAUAUACAAAAGUCUUUUGUUCAGAUAUCAUAGACUGUUUCACAUCAGAAGCUUGUCCUUACUUAGCGGAAAAACCAAAAGUAUUUAUUUUUCAAUUAUGUCGAGGUGACAAGAGACAAACCAUUACACAUAUACCUGAACAGGUAACGGAUUCAUCUGACAAUCAUACAGUUAUGAACAAUCCUAGAUCCAUUCUUAAAGAAAAACCAACUAGAAAUUAUUCCGAUUUCUUAAUUGCAUAUGCUACAUUACCAGGAUAUGUUGCCUUUCGAAAUAAUAUAACUGGUAGUUGGUUUAUACAAAUAUUUUGUGAGGUUUUUAUGAAUUAUGCUCAUGACCAUCAUCUGUGUGAUUUAUUAAAAUUAGUCGAUUCAAGGCUGAAAAAUGUGACACAUUCUGGUGGUUGUCAAACAGUAGUGGUUGAAACGAAGGGUUUUCAUAAAUACUGUUUCCUCAAUCCUGGCUUUUUUGGGAAUGAAAAAAAGCAAUAAUAAUUAAAAAUUAAUAACAAUAUAUUUUAAUGUUAAGUUGUAAUAAACAUAACAGAGAAAUUAUUUAAAUAAUGUUAUCUGUAACAAACAUAUAUAUUUUAUACGGA